GUCAGUGAGUGACAGCCUGACCUCAGCUGUUGUUCACAGGAGCAGGAGCUGACACCCAGCAGACACCUCUGGUCUUUAACCUGGAUUAUAAUUACAAGAAUAAACAGUAUUAUUGUUGGUCUUUUCUUUGAAUUGGAAGCUGCCCGUCUGCGGCUGCUGGACCCUCCAUGUCGCCUGCAGCCUGUGGAGCUGAGGCUCUGCUGCAGUAGAAGCAGAUGGAGAAGUUCAACCUGGAUGAGCUGCUCACCAACUCCACUGAUCUGAACAGGAUCAUCUGCAGCCUGGGGAUCAGGAACCUCUCUGAGUGUGAGGAUGAGCAGGAACCAGCACCAGAACCUAAAGACAUUAACCAGACGGUGAGGAUCGUCCUCUACAGCAUCAUCUUCCUGCUCAGUGUCCUGGGGAACAGUCUCAUCAUCGCUGUCCUGGUCAGGAACCGACGGAUGAGGACGGUCACUAACCUGUUCCUGCUGUCACUGGCCGUCAGUGACCUGAUGGUGUCGCUGGUCUGCAUCCCCUUCACUCUCAUCCCCAACCUGAUGAGGGACUUCAUUUUUGGGGCUGGCAUCUGCAAACUGGUCAUGUACUUCAUGGGAGUCUCCGUGAGUGUUUCCACCUUCAACUUGGUGGCCAUCUCUUUGGAACGCUACAGCGCCAUCUGUAACCCUCUGCGGUCCAGAACCUGGCAGACCAAAUCCCACGCUGCUAAGGUGAUCACAGGGACCUGGGUGGUGUCCUUCAUCCUGAUGCUGCCCUACCCCAUCUCCAGUUCCCUCAAACCCUUCACCCGCCUCAACAACAGCACAGGACACAUGUGUCGCCUCAUGUGGCCCAACGACAUCAUCCAACAGUCAUGGUACGUGUCCCUGCUGCUGGUCCUCUUCCUCAUCCCUGGGAUCAUCAUGAUGACGGCCUACGGCCUCAUCUCCCUGGAGCUGUACAAGGGCAUCAAGUAUGAGGUGAACAACAGGAAGUCCAGCAGAGAGCGUCAGAGAAGCCUCAAACCCACAGACAGUGAUGGCUGCUACGUUCAGGCAUCAAAGAAGAAGAGCAUCACCCUGACCACUGUCAACGCCGGCUCCAAGCCCCUAGUGGACGGUCGAGUCUGUGGUGCCAACUCCACGACCAACCUGAUGGCCAAGAAGCGUGUGAUCAGGAUGCUCCUGGUCAUCGUCUUCCUCUUCUUCCUGUGCUGGACACCCGUCUUCGUGGUUAACGCCUGGCAGGCCUUUGACCGGCGAUCGGCCUAUCGCCUCACUGGCGCCCCCAUCUCCUUUAUCCACCUGCUGUCCUACACCUCGGCCUGCGUCAACCCCAUCAUCUACUGCUUCAUGAACAAGCGUUUCCGUCAGGGCAUGUCGGCUACGUUGAGCUGCUGCAGUGCCACCAGGAGACAAGGAGGAGGUUUCCACAGAGGAGCCACUGGAUUAGGGAGAUCAGGAGGAAGUGCCAAAGGAGACACCACCAGGUCCAGGACAGUGGGGCCCAAGAACAACGAGCAGAACGGACACACAUCCCCCAGUGGAGGCACCACCAGGUUCACUUACAGCGGAAUCAGAGCUUCAGCCUGGAGCGAGCUGACCUAAUCCAGAUUAGAGUAAAACGUGUCCUGAUCUGGAUUGAAGUAAGAUCUGACUGGAGUGAAUUGACUUAAUGUGGGUUGGAAUAAACUGAGUUGAUCUGUAUCUGAUGGAAGAAGGAUGAAUAAAUCUGGAUUAAGGCCAGUUAAUUUAAAGUUGACUAAAACAAAAUGUCCUCCACUGGAACAGAGCUGGUUGACAUAAUCUGUAUUUUAAAAAUCUGAAUCGAUUAGUCUAGUUUUGACAUGAUUUGACUAACAAGAAGUUAUGUUAGACAUAGAGACCAAAUCUGUCCAAUCAAAUAGAUGAAACACCUGUAGUACACAUCUACAGGUGUCUCAUCUAUUUGGAUCUGCAAUUAGAUUACAUAGGUUGUUUUAAUCUGGAUUACAACAGUCUGAGAUUUGACCUAUUCUGACCUAACAUGAAAUGUCACAUACUUUAAUAAUCUGUGUUGUAUUGUGGAAGAAAAGGUGCAACAAAGCAAAGCAAGUUUACCUAAUCUGGAAAGGGUUAGUCUGAUGUAAUCUGGAAGUGUUAAAGACGGCUUCGUAAUCAGAAUCUGAAAAUCAGUACAAAAUCUGACUGUAAACUCUGAGAUUAAACCCCUGAUGUUUCACCUGUUUUAGUAAUAUAAUGACAGAUCUAAAAAAAAAAAAA